UGAUUCCUCAAAUUCGACUCCCAGGAGAAUAAGAGUGUGGAUUUGUAUGACCAUGUGGACUACACUUCUCUGUCUGUGUUUCUCAAGUGCAGUUUCAGCUGCACCUCUUGGGCCUUUCUUCAAUUACCUUCCUCAGUAUGAUAUUCCAAGACAAGCAGGUCCUACCACACAGGUUAACAACGUCCCAUACACACAGGCUGGCUUCAAUGGCCCCGUCAGCAUGGAAAUAGUAUUUCCCCAGAGGUACCCCGCUAACCCGGCAGGAGGGCGGCCAAAUGGACCAGUGUAUCCAUCACAAGCUUUCAUCAAGUACUCCUUACCCAAAAUCCCAGGCCGGAAGAGCGUGGAAGUGUAUUACCCUUAUGACUUUGGGCAACAGCAGCAGAACUUCCCAACCAUCCCUCAAAUGCCUCCAACAACAAAUCUUUUCCCAUUCAACCUCCCACCACAAACGAUUCCUCAGCAACCUCCUCAGAUCCCACCAUUCCAGCCCGGACCUCUUCUACCACAAGAAACAGUGCAGCAGCAGCAGCAGCAGCAGCAGGCAGCCCAGCAGCAGGAGCAACAGGCCCAGGCAGGAGGAACUUUACCAUGAAUGAAUGACCUGGAGUUUUUUUCUGGUGGUUUAUACAGUCACUGCUAUAUUUAACAAGUCAUUAAAAGGCAUUUAAAAGCAUUAUAUUUUGUUAUAAAGAUGCACAGAGACAAAAGUAAAGCAUUGUAAUUGUAAUUGCCGCUUUGUAAUUGUAUUGUAAUUGCCGCAUUUUCCGUGACAAUCCCAUUACAGUGAUUACAAUGACUUAACUGAA